GUUAAUUGGCUCAAUAUUUAUUUAUAUUAAUUUUAUAUUAAUAAUUUUACAUGUACGACUCUCACGGCCAUAUCUAUACUCUACAUGAACAUAAAAGAAUGUUUACUGUUUAAUGUGUGCCGUACAAGAUGGGUUCCUAUUGGAUACUAUUUCAUGUGAUUUUGUUUGGAAUGAAUUUAAUAAUGUGGAAGUACCUGGUUGGGGACUUGCAAAAUUUUCUUUCGGAAUUCUAGUUGAUUAUAAUCCUUCAGCUGGAAACAAGGUGGGAUUCAUAUUUAAGGAUAACAUAAAAACAUUUGGAUGUGGCCUGACUAAUUCAGAAAAUUUGGACUGUGUUUCAUACUGUGCAGACGGAUUUCAAUACACGAAUGGGGAAUGUGUCUUAAAAUACCAUGCUUUUGAUAUGACAUUAACUGGUAGGUGGACAACACAAGAGUUUGGGAUGAUAAGUAACACAAAAAUAUGGCAAAGCUUAAAGAAAGCAUUAUUAGAACUAUUCCUUGAGGUACUGGAGCAAUGCAUCAUUGAGGAGAUAAAACUGGAACCUAGUUUCAAUAACUCAUCUUCAAUAUAUGGAUUUAUCCAGUUUGAUGUAACCGGCAAAUACAAAUUAAAAGUAGGAAACAUGGUGCCAUUAGAUGAAAUUCAUGCAAAAUUAUUCAAUAAUAUUCUCACAGAAUCAAAUUCUGCUAGUCCUAAAAGAACAAAUGUUUUAAUUGACCUUAAUAAGACAUGUCUAAGUUUAUUUGGUGAAAGGUCAUGUUGGAACCAUGGACGUGUAACAAAAUCGGGAGAAAAUAUUGUAACUGAACGAAAUGAAAAAACACUAAUAUUCAACCCAAGCAAAACCAACCAGUCAGCAAUUGCAACAUCAAUUCCUCUUAAGCCAUACAACACUACAGAUUGUCCACGCAAACUUGUACGUCCUAAUUCUGUUAAGAUACUAGCCAAUGAGAGUGUACUUUCCAUUGACACUGGGAAUCUACUUUCAGAAGAUGAAUUUAUAUUGGUCGGGAAUAUGGUAUAUGUUUGUGUGAAUGAGACUGGAGAGUUUGCUAAUUGGACUGCAGUCUGGCGGUAUGAUGACACGAUGGGGUUAUUAACAAUCAUUUGUACCACACUGUCUCUUGUCUGUAUGUUCAUUAGACUCAUUCUCCAACCCUUUGUUUCACUGUUUCAAAACUUCCCUGGAAAAUUACAGUUUUUAUUUAUCUUGUCACUAUUUCUUGCAAGUUUAUUAUUUCUGAUCAGGCCAAAUUGUACUGAUAUAAAAUACUUAUGUGUCACACUAGGAGUUUUAAUCCACUGGAGUUAUCUGGCAGUUUUUACAUGGACAGUGAUCAUAGCAAGAGAUAUGUUCUAUAUAUUUUCUCCCUCUAGUUUUGCUAAAUCAACUGACACAAAUGUUUCAGUCCUGAAACUGUAUGCACUUCUAGCAUGGGGUAUUCCAGCUGUCAUAGUGGCAAUAUCUUUAGGUCUUGAUUUUUCCAAUAUAGACCCUGUCUUUAAACCAAUGUAUGGCAGGGAAAUUUGCUGGAUAUCACAAAGAUAUCCUCUCUUGAUAUUUUUCACCACCCCUAUAGCCAUUGCAAUUCUGGUCAAUAUGGGGUUCUUCAUACCAACAGCCAUUAGCCUUUGGAAAUCAAUGAAACAACGAGUUCAAAGUUGCAACCAGACUUCAGAAUAUCCUUUUGGAAUUUAUGUCAAGUUAUUCUGUCUUACGGGUCUCACAUGGAUCUUUGCAUUCAUAGCCCCAUACAACAUAGCUUUAUGGUAUAUCUUUAUAGUGUUAAAUGCAAGUCAAGGGGUGUAUAUAUUCAUAGCUUUUGUUUUAAAGAGAAAAGUGUGGGACAGUCUCACUUUCUCAAAAGAUUCCAAGAAAUCAAAGGCAAAAACGAGUUCAUCCCAUUUAUCAACAUCAUCGAUGUAGAACAUAACAGAACAGAGAAGAAGCAAUGUCUAAUGAAAAGAGGGAAUAUAAAAAUAAGGCUGCAUGAACAAAGACAAUUCACAUGAUUAUGUAAAAUUAGAUUUGAAUGAGGAAAUGACAAAUGCAAUAGAAAAAAAGGUGGCAAAAAUGUGAAUGGUGAUGCAGAAAUGAAAAUGACAUAAAAAUGUGAUAUGACACAAAGGUGAUAGAAAAGUAAAAGGUUUACAAAUAAAAGUGAAAUAAAAAGUAAAAAUUUUAAAUCUGAUUUUUUUUCUUCUGGAAACAAUUUAAAUGCAGGCGCCAUUUUGAGAAUUCUUUCUUGAACAAAUAUUCCAUGUCCUUAGGCAUCAGUAUAUAUUUUAUCGAAUCAAAUCAGACAACUGGUAUUUGAGUUAUCAAAGAUCACAUUUUUCAUGAAAAAGGGUUGCCAUUUUGAAUUAAGCAGCCAUAUCGUGAGUCCUAUUCCAAUAAGAGUGAGCCUAUAAAAUUUGGGCAAAAUGGGAUCCUUGAGUUAUUACAUCUAUUUAUGAAAAAAUGGAAGCCAUUUUGAAAUGAGCGGUAAUUUUGAAAAAUACUUCCUGAACAAAGGUCCUAUGAUCCCAAUCAUCAGCAUAUAAAUUUUGAACCAAAUCAGUCCACUGGUACUUUAAAGUUGUCAAAGAUUUAAUUUUUUAUGAAAAAAUUUCAAGGUCCGAUAAAAAAUUAUUAAAUGUAACUUAUUUGCAAGGACACAAUCUCCAAGCAAUGCAGAGAAAUUACUUACCUCUCAUCCCUCUCUUUCUCAGUGAGGGACCUGGAAGAGCCAGCAUUGGCCAGCUGCUCUGGGGUCUGCUCUUUGAACAUCAGGGACACAAUCUCCAAGCAGUGCAUUGCAAACUGCCUCUCCUCCUGGGAACUUGCUAUAUACAAGAGCAGAUCUUCCAUUCCACUCACAUGUAAAGCCCUGCAUAAAGAAUAAUACAUGAACAGCGAAUGUGGCUUAAUAAUAUAGUACAAGAGCAUUAUCCUUUUUUGCUUGCUUUUUGCCAUAUUUUAUAACUUGAUAUACAAUAUUUAAUGUAAUUUUAUUGAUGUUAAAAAAUUACACACAUUUUAAAUGUUUAAUACAUAUUUUGUGGAGAUUUGUCAAAGUUAGAGGCAUUUUAGUGUGAAAUUCUGUCACUGAUAUAUCUUACUAUCUGGGUAUUCAAGCAGUUAAACAAAGUUGAGAGAGAAUGAAAUAUCAGGGAAGAAUACAUAUGAUACUUUGCAAAUAUACCUUAACAGAAGAAAUUGUGAGACAAAAAGUUGAAACUACUAGAUAACCCAAGGAUUUACCUUUCAUCAGAGUGCAAUUGAAAAUGCUUACAAAAAUUGACAUACCAACGUAUUUAAAAGUAUGGUACAUACCAUAAGACUUGAUCAUGUAUACUUGCAUCAUCGUCUGUUCUCUGGAAAAAAAUGUAAACAAACAUAUAGUCAUUUAAUUUUCAAUAUUUCUAACUAUAUAUUGCCACGUCAACACCUCAAGUUUAUAAUAUUCCUGCUUACUCUUGUAUUUCUACAUUCUAAGUAAAAAUUGUCAUUUUAUAGCUUUGAUACACCUUCAAACUUUAAAG